AAAGUAGGUGCAGACAAAUUUCAAACUGGACGGCGGGUAGUUGAGGUCUGGUCAGAAAAACACACAGCAGGGGUUUAUUGUCAAGAAUUUCACCAAAAGUUGAAGAAAAUGACCAGCACAUUGAAAGGAAUUACUCUGAAGGGUAGCGCUGAGAUGGUAGCUGAAUUCUUCUCUUUUGGCAUCAACAGCAUCCUGUACCAGAGGGGCAUAUAUCCUCCAGAGACGUUCACCAGAGUCACACACUAUGACAUGAGCCUCCAGCUUACCACUGAUUCCAAACUGAAGAACUACCUGACAAAUGUGGUGUCUCAACUCAAAGAGUGGCUGUUUGAGUGCACAGUGCAGAAGUUUGUGUUGGUGAUCACAUGUCUGGAAACCAACGAGGUGCUGGAGAGAUGGCAGUUUGACAUUGAGUGUGACAAAUCAGCCAAAGAAAUCAGUGCUCCCAGAGACAAGUCUAUUAAGACCAUUCAGGAUGAGAUCCGCUCAGUUAUCAGGCAGAUUACAGCCACAGUUACUUUUCUGCCACUGCUGGAGACCCCGUGUGCAUUUGACCUCCUCGUCUACACCGACAAAGACCUAAUGGUUCCUGAUAAGUGGGAAGAAUCUGGUCCUCAGAUCAUCGACCAAUCAGAGGAGGUGCGUUUACGGUCUUUCACCACCUCCAUCCACAAGGUGAACAGCAUGGUGGCGUACAAGAGGACUGACUUGGCUUAGACCUCUAAACCACAGUGCUCGCUAUGAGCUGUAUAUACCACCAACCCUCUUCAUCCCCGCCAAUAGAGAACAGUAGAUUCUACAGAGUAUUCUGUACACAGAGAAGCCAGUAUCCUUCUGCCAUUGUUUUCUGAUCUUUACUUUGUCUCCACCUUUACUUUGUCUCCACUGAUGUAAAUAUUUCUCAUUAGCCCUGAUCUGUCUGUCAGAAACUGUCUUUUUCUUUGGUUCGGCCUUCCCUUUCUCCCAGAUGGUCAACGUCUUUUUUAGAAGCUACUGCUUUAUAUGUUAAUCCUUUUUAACAUGUCAUGAAUAAAUGUAUUUCACAAAUGUU